AUGUCUACCAUGAUACUGUCUCUCACUACACUCGCCCGUGCGUCUUCAACUACUUCAUCAGCAACCCCCUCAUGCACAACUGCAGUGCCAGACAAGUACGGCUAUGUCCCUCCGGACUCUUGUAACGCCAAUUAUGGAUUCUACCCCAAUUGGGAGGAUAACACAGCCUUCGCGGUUGCCUUUGGCUUGUCCACGGUGGCUCACCUGGCCCAAGCAAUCAUCCUCAAACAGAAAUUCUGCUGGGUCAUCAUUAUGGGAGCAUCUUGGGAGUGCAUCUGUUUCAUCGCUCGCGCCCUAGGUGCCAGGGACCAACAGCAGGCGGCCUAUGUCACCGUCUCGACUCUGCUAUUUCUACUGGCGCCGAUUUGGAUCAAUGCAUUCAUAUACAUGAUCGUCGCCCGUCUUGUCCAUUUCGUCAUCCCGCAGCGGCGCGUAGCCCGCAUCUCAGCACAAUGGCUUGCCAAAAUCUUCGUCAUGUUCGAUGUUAUGUGUUUCAUCAUCCAGGCUGCUGGUGGUGGCAUGCUCGCUUCGAACAAUGCAGAUACAUCUAAACUCGGACAGCAUAUAUAUAUGGUUGGCAUUGGCAUCCAGCUUGGCUGCGUAGUCGUCUUUCUUGUUAUCCACGGCCUCUUCUAUCGCGAGCUCUCUCUGAAUAUUCGUAUAGGCAAGCAAGAGACUCGAAGCCGUUGGUUGAAGCCUCUCUGCUGGGUUGUCUAUAUAGUCCUUGUCCUCAUCGUGGUUCGAGUUAUCUUUCGCCUCGUCGAAUUCGGCGGUGGUACAAAUAGUAACAAUGUGGUCCUUCGACACGAGGAGUUCCAGCUCUACCUCGAUGCGUUGCCGAUGCUCAUCGCUUUGGUCUUGCUGAACGUGGUGCACCCUGGUCAGGUAUUGAAAGGUCCUGGUGCCAACUUUCCGUCAGCGAAGGUCAAGUGGUGGCAUGGCCGAUCAGUGGCAUUUGAGAGACUCGAGCUUUCGUCGACACACAGGAGUGGAUAA